UUGAUAGCCAUUUUGAAGAGCCUUUUGUUGGUGUUUUGUGAAUGUUUUUAAUAAAAUUUCACAAUAUUUAAACAUUAUUAGUGAUAAAUCAUAGAAAACAAAAUAUUAUAAACUUAUAUCAUUUCAUCAAUGCGUGUAUUUUGAUUGUGUUGUUUGUUUGGUCAACGCAUUGUGAAAAAAAGGAACCGGAAAGAAACUUGUCGCAUUAUGUUCUUAUUUUAACGUUUGGGAACUUAAAUAGUUUUGUAACAGUGUAAAGUGUCAGUUUGUUAAUUUAGUGUGAUUGAUGUUGGAGAAAGGAUUAUUUACGUCGCGUGUAUUUGUUCACUACGUAAAUUUAGAUUGCCACAAGAUGGCGGCCAUCGUAUGCCCGCUCUGCCAAAACCCGCUUGUGAGGCCCGAUGUGUCAUCGAUAGGCGAGCGCUUUGCGGAUAUGCUGUAAAUUAGCGUCUCGCGUCGCGGCUGACCACCGCGGCAGCUUUCGGCGAGGUUCCAUUCUGUAAAAUGGAAUUUCGCUCGAGGCGCCAAAAUAUGAUGGGUGUUGACACAUCUCGUUCAGCAAAACCGUACCGUUACUUAGACGGCUCUAAGAAAUAAUAUUUGACAAAGAUGACCGAUCCGGACGAAGUAGGGAAAGACGAGUGGAAGCGAUGGAUACUCGAGGCGAUACAUAAGAUACGGUCUCAGAAACAGAGGCCGAGUGUGGAGCGAAUAUGUCAUGCAAUAAGACAACACCACAACUAUCACGAGGAUGUGGUGUCUGAACGCCUGGAGCGGGCAGUAAAAGAGGGCACCGUUUUGAAGGUGUACAAUAAGGGACAAAGCUCGUACAAGGACCCAGGCGGGUUGCAAAGCAGGAUAUUAAGAAUCGCGCCCGAUGUGGACGUUUCGCGGGCAGUGGCUAAAGCUGUGCGGGAGUUAGGGGAGAGGGACGGCUCGAGUCUUAAGAGUAUCGAGAGAUAUCUACGACAAGCUUACCAGCUGACAGCGGACUCUGGUACAGACGUGAGGACUGUCCUGCGUGCAGCGGCGAAGCGCGCCGUCGCACGGGGACUGGUUACUCACCAUGCCGGGAACUACAGGGCCACAGAGAGGCCCUUGACUUCAACAGACCGUCCUCAUAAGCAACGAAUAAAGUCCUUUCCUGAUACUCCAGAUAAGAAGCAAAGUCAUGGUGGAGUGCCAGUAUGCACCGAGUGUCUCGGCACGGAUGUGAGGAAUCGCCUGGGGGCCGCAGAGGAUUUGAUCUGCUGCUACCAGUGCAAGUCCUAUGCACAUCCCACCUGCCUUGAUCUACUCGACCAUGUCAGCUUACCUGUGGUGAAGAGCGUGCGGUGGUCGUGCGGCGAGUGCGCGCGGUGCGCGGCGUGCGGCGCGCGCGGCCAGUGGGCGGCGCGGUGCGGGGCGUGCGCGCGACAUGCACACCCGCGCUGUCGCCCGCCCCCCUGCCGCUGCCGGCCUCCGCCUACGCCAGACAACAGAUCGACGAUGAGUGGUACGCCGAAGAAGCGGAAGCAGAAAGCGGCGCUGCGGCGGAUCGAGUCGGAGGACGAGCCAUCGGACGGUAAUGAAUCGCCGGCGUACGCCCGCCUCCCGCCCGAACAGAGAAUGUCGAAGGAGAAACAAAAGUUUUUCAGAUUCUCAGCGUUUAAUCUCGUCAAGCGUCGCCGUUGCAGGGGCUCCUCCAGCGAGUGGGAGGGCUGGGAGGGCCGCUCGCGUUGGGGAGGGGUCAGGGUCACCCGGGUGCAGCGCGUCGAGCUCCACUUGGAGCGGCGGGGCGAAACUCCAUCCGACGCCGAUGAGUCCUCCACAGACUCGGAGCCCCCGGAGCCGCCGCUCCUGCACACCUUGCAGGCCUACGUACCUCCGGUUCCACCUCCGAAGCCACACGUUCCGACGAUUUUUGAGCGCCUAGCUACGGAUACGGGACCGGGCGGAGUCUGGGGAUUUGCCGCCGAAGCUCAGAAGCAACGCGACAACGCUGUACCCUCGACCAGCCCCCGCGAGAACACGAUGCCCUCGCCGCGACUCAAUGUACCUCCCGAAGAACCUAAGCCGGCCGCAAACGUCACGGAUCGUCGUCGGCGCAGCAGAUGCGGCGACAGAUUGCUGACUACCCUUUUCGACGGCCUCUCUGAGUUUUACUCUGUCCGCACCGCCUCUCGCUCACAAUCGCGACAUCGUACCGAAAGGAGCAAGGAUACUGAAGACCGACAGGUUCUCAAAGAGACAAGAAGUACGUUCAAACGCUAUCAAGCGACGCUCAGACGUGAGCAGCCCGAGACUCGGAGGAGUCCAUCGAGGCCGAGGAAGAGUCCCGAGAGGGCGGCGAGCCCCCGCGAGGUGGCUGGUCUGUCAGAGGUGUGCGGCGUGGGCGACGUGGGCGAUGUGGGAGGCGCGAGGGGAGUGAGCGCGUCGCAGCUGGUGCGGUGCGCGGCGAUGAGCAAAGAGUGCCUAUCGGCGGCGGAGGCCGACAAACUGUACCGCGGGCUCGCGAUGGCGACUCGGCCAGCGGGCGGAGACCGGCCGGCCACCAAUCAGACGGAUGGCAUGCGGCUGCCGGCCGGUGUGACGGAGGCGGACGCGGAGUUGUUCGCGCAGGCCCGGCUGAGCGCGGGCACCGCCCCCGGUGUGGAGGUGGAGCCUGCGCCCCCGCCCGCCACGCCCCACACGCCCCACACGCCCCACACGCCCCACACGCCCCACACGCCCGGCGCCGUGCCCCACACGCCCCACGCGCCCCCCGCCCCGCGCUGCCCCUCCGCCAUAGAGUUCGGCCAGUGGGAGAUUGAGACAUGGUACUCCAGUCCCUUCCCACAAGAGUAUGCGAGAUUACCCAAACUAUUUCUCUGCGAGUUCUGCUUGAAGUAUGCGAAGAGUCGCGCGGUGCUGAUGCGGCACCUCGACAAGUGCCUGUGGCGACACCCGCCCGCCACUGAGAUCUACCGCUGCGGGGACAUAUCCGUUUUCGAAGUAGACGGCAACGCCAACAAAAUCUACUGUCAGAACCUCUGUCUGCUCGCCAAACUGUUUCUAGACCAUAAGACGCUCUACUACGACGUGGAACCAUUUUUGUUCUACGUCCUGACAAAGAACGACAGCAAAGGUUGCCAUUUGGUUGGCUAUUUUUCUAAGGAGAAGCAUUGUCAGCAGAAAUACAAUGUGUCCUGUAUUAUGACGAUGCCGCAAUAUCAGCGGCAGGGCUACGGGAGAUUCCUCAUCCAUUUUAGUUAUUUACUAUCGAAAGAAGAAGGACAACCGGGUACACCGGAAAAACCGUUGUCGGAUUUAGGAAGAGUCUCCUAUCAUGCAUAUUGGAAGUCUGUAAUUCUUGAAUAUCUGUACGAUCACAGAGACAAGUCGUUCACUUUCGAGGACAUCGCAUUGACGACAGGAAUGCACAUGAACGAUAUAGGAGUUACCUUCCAAUUACUCGGCUUUGUAAGAUACGUUCCUGAUAAUGACUCCAUGAAAUUAGGUAUCUGUGUCGAUUGGAAUAGAGUUGAAAAUCAUACAAAGAGAGUUAGGAGCAGGCCAAGACUUGAAAUAGAUCCCGAAUGUUUAAGAUGGACUCCUCUAUUGGCACCGACGGUGAAUCCGUUCCGAUCACCAGAGGAAGGGUCGGGUGAUCAAGAAACGGAAAACGACGAGACUGAAAUGAAAACAGAAAGUGAAGAAACCGCAACAGAAUCUGAGGCUACCACAAAUAAGUCGGAAAUGAAAUCUAAAUCUGAAAAGGAUUUGGAACCUGUUGAAGUGACGUCUUCUGGUAGGAGACGAACGCGCCCGCUUAAAUAUAGUGAAACGACUUAUCAAACCACUCCCACUAUUAAUGAUGGUGCUCGGAAACGGAAACGGGAUGUCAUUAGAAAAAUCUCUGAAAGUAAUAAUGAGGAAGAAAAAACAAAGGAUGAUGAUACAUCUAGAUUUCAAAGAAGCAACAGCGUCGCUCGCAGAUCUUCGAGAGCUGCUCAGAUCAGAAUCAAUAACACUAACAGCAUGCAAAGAAGCAGGCGGCGGAGCGUCAAGGAACCUUCAUAUGCAUCUGACAGCCAGGAGAGUCAAGAGAGUAUGGAAAAUGAAAUUAACGAUAAUCCAGUUAAUAACACAGCAAAGGCCAAAACGAAAAGAAAACUUGCAUGGAGGGGCCGGCAAACUAAGCGACAAAAAGUCAAUAAAGCUAAUACUCCUAGAAGUAGUUCACCCGAGGCGAAGAAACUUAAAAUUGUUGAAAAUAAUGAGGAUGUUCCUGAUCAUAAAACAGACGAAACUCCAAAACGUACAAACAAUAUUCUAUCUGAAGCUAUUGAAAAACAAGACCAAGCUGUUAAAAAUAGAGUCGAAGACAAAGCAGAUGAUAAGGCCAAGAACUCUGAUGCUAGCUCAGAAGAUUCUUCAGGGGAGGCCGAUGACGAGAUGGACGUAGAGGAAGGCGAGGACAAGCAAAGUGUGGCCAGCAAGCCGGCUUCUCCACGGCACUUGGAAGAAAACAGCACAGACCACCACACCAGUGACAUGGAACUUGACAGUAUUCACAUGGACUCGCCAAAAUCCAUUGCUGAAAAAGAUCAAGUAAUAAAUGAAACAUCUACUGCUGAAAAACCCAACCAAGAAGAAAAUACUAAGGCUGAGGAUGUUCCUGAAGUUCGGAAUGUAAAUUCAGAGGAUAAAGUAACUACAUUAGUAACCAGUGAACACAAGGAUGACGUAAGUAAAUCAAUAGAAGGCAGGAACGGUGAAAUAGUUGACCCUGUAAAACCAACUCUCGAUGACAAGGAUACAAUAGUUAUUUCUGAAUCUGAUGACAACAACAGCCAGAGUUGUCCAUUGCCUUCUCCAAAGCCUAACAAUUUGCUGCCUCCACCUCAUUCAACUGAGAUUCAACCUCCUGUAGUUGAAGAAAGCACAAGUCCUAUUAAAAUUUUACCAGUGGUUUCUACAGAAAACUCUCAUAUUGUUAUAGAUGCUAAAAUCUCAGACCAAGUACCUAAUAACAGACCACCCGUUGAUUUAAUUGUUCCAAAAAUUCAUCACAUUGAAACAAUAGUUGUUGAAGGAGAAUCAGAUAAUUCCACCUCACCAUCGACGACCAUUUCUCCAAAGAAAAAUGAGGAUUCUAUUAUUAGUGAGAGCAAACAAAAGAAACAAGAGGAAGAAAACAAAGAAACAGUUUCUGAACAGAAGAAAUGCGAAGUCCGGAAAGAGACAGUUAUUCAACAACAAGUCACUGAAGAACUUAAGCCACCAGAGAAAAAGUCUCCUAACAAAAUAGAAGCAAUUGUUCAAAAUCUAGAUCCUAAUAGAGACUUGGUAACUAACAUAAAGAAACCGGAUCCACCAAAAAUAGAUUCGAUGGCAGAGCUUGAAGUGAGAAAUAAACCACAACUUCCAAUGAUCAGUAAGGAGAGUGACUUGCCUUUCAGAAGUGAUACCACCACCAGUAUGAGGAAAGACGAAAUUGUCAUCUCUAGAAAUGUCGUGGAGAGUAACAUGCAGACUUACCAUAAUGCUGUCAGCAACUCGAUGACGAUUCAACCUAUUAAUUCGUAUUUAAAUAAUAGACCCACUGUCACCAAGGAAUCGCAAGGGGUACAGACGGAUAAGGUUCCUCAUAAGAUAAACGAGCACAACCGUAUCAUAAAUAGUAUAAAUGAUACUCCAAUUGUAAGUAAAUGUACGACAAAAUUAGAGGUACCCCAUCCAAUUACUUCUCCGGUUAUAAAUCCAGUCAUACCGAAAAUUCCGAAUGUGACCGACAUAAACUUUCUACCGCGCUGUCAGAGCGCUAACGCCGCAGUUAACCUAGGCCUAGACAGACCCGACUUGGACACGAGUUAUACAAACAGCAAUCCAUUGCAUAACCCGUUAGCUGCCACUAUGAAUAUAAUACACGCUAAUGCUCAUGACGUUAAAAACGAUCUCAAUCAGAAGCCGAGGGAGAAAAGCAAGCUACGUGACGUCAGGGUCAACUCUGCGCACAGCAAACUGGAGAAAACUGAUAAGAAAACAUCAAAAAACGAGACUCCGAGAAGUACGCCCGAGCUAAAAAUGUUUUUUCCGGAGCACAAUGUCAACUCGCGAAAACCGGAGACGUCUGUCCCUAUAAACGUUAUAAAUAGCGUGCCCGUCACCAGCAAAGCGGAAGCCAAGCCCGCCAACGAGACACCGAAGAAACAAGAUUUUUACAAAAAGGAGAAAUCGAAUGCCGCCAAGUGCGACUCGAAGAAUAGUUCAACUAAACAUGACAAGGGCUGUCCGGUCCAAUUGAAUCUUAAACCAGAUCAAAACGAUUUGAAUAAAAUGCUGCCAAAAUUUAAGUACGAUAAUGACCAACUCAUUCCGAAAGCAGACUACACUAUGAAUCAGAUCCCCAACUACCACACCACUCAUGCUCAGUACCAGUGGUCAGCAUGGGACCCGCGGCUCCAGGGCACAUGGGAUCCCAACCGGUUCCUGGACAUGAAGAGCAACGAUAAGAACUAUUUAGACAAGUUUCAGGGUUUCAACCUUCCGCAUCUAGAUCAGAUGCAAAAGUCUCCCCAGAAACUUCCAAAAUAUGACCAAAAAGAUUUCCACAACCUCGCAUACGGCGCCCUGUCGAGUGGGAUCUAUGGGGCAACCGGAUUGCCGCAUUUCAAGGAGACCAAGAUUCCCACCUCGAAAGCGGAAUGCGCUCAGAAAUCUGAGUGCAAGCCAAGCAAGCAGUCGAAAACGACGACGGCUUGCCAGACGCAGUGCGACUCGAAAAAGUCUCAGGCCCAGGCGCAGAGCGCGGCGGAGGCCCAGCUGAAGCAGAUGAUGCAACGGCAGGUGAACAAGCAACAGGAGGUGGCGACGAGUUGCGCGGAGUUCAGGCAGCAGAGUCCCCAGGUGCUCACCUCGCCCGGCUGCAAGACGCCCUUCAACCAGAACGGGCCCUGCGGCCAAGAGAAGACGGAGAUCGAGAAGAAAUCGCGACAGCAAUCGAAGAAAGAGGAAUCGUCAAAAGACAGCAGCAAGGAGGAGAUGUGCGAGGCGGUGAGCCCGGCGCUGCAGUCGAUGGGCGUGUACACUCCGGACUCGACGAGCAACUCGGUGCAUUCUGUGCAGUACCCCGCGUGCGAGCUGGACGUGAGCCAGCUGGGGCUGGAGUCGCCCACCAGCAUAGGCUCCGAUCUCGCUUCGCCUUGCUCCAUGAUGCACAUGCACCCCGCGCCCAGUCCGCAGUACCCGCACUCCUCUAUACACAUACCCUCCAUCAUGGCGCAGACCAACCAGCCCGCCAAGCAACAGAAGAUCAACAAUCGAAACAGGAGCGGUGCGCAGAGCGGGGCCGGCGCGGACAGCAAGGCACUGCGCGGCGCCGCCACACCGCCCGCACGGCACCGCGCCACGCCGCCACACCAGGCACACGGUGAGCUCAACUUUGUGGGGGGCGGGGCGAUGCAGGGCGGGGGCGGGGCGGGCGCGGGCGGCGGUUACCAGGGCGGGUACCUCUCGUUCCAGCAGCAGCAGCAAUACCACGGCGGCUGGGCACCUUCAUGUUCGCUCACGAAGCUGCAGCAGAUGGCCGAGGCGCCGCAGCACCAUCCGCCGCACACGCCGCCCGCUCCAAAUGCACCGCAGUACGGUCAGCAGUCGGGCACGCCGCCGGGCGGGCACUACCACGCAGCCAAGUACUACACGCCCGCACACAACCAGCUCGAGUCUCCGAGGAACGCGAGGAACGCACCAAGUAAUCUGAGUCCGAUGCAGCACAUGCAGAUGGCGCCGGGGUCGCGCAUGUCACCAAACAUCAACACGCACAUCAUCAGUCAGUACGGACUGAAUGGGUACCGUGUGCCUCCGCAGCAGCAGUUCAACAAUCUGCAGAUGAUGAACGUGCAGCCAGGUGUUCAGUAUGGUGGUGCAGAUCCUCGUGCUCAGCAGCCCAACGUGUACGCCUAUGCCGGAUACAUUAAUCCGCCACCUCCACCUCUCGCCAUGCAGACCCUCAACUCCACCAUGCGCCGGUAGCGCCCCCACACUCCACAGACCCAUCAAUAAUAACUAUAUUUAUAUAUUUGUCAAACAUUAUCGGUUAUCUUUAUUUUAUUUUAUCUUAAUUUGGAUGAUCACUUUUCCG